AUGUCUAGUCUGCCAUCACCGUUGAUAGAAAAUUACUUGAAGGAAGCAGGUUUUUGGCACGCGGUCACUAUAGGCCGAGGGUGCAAGUUGGACUCAAAACUCAUCAUCCCGUUAAUAGAGAGGUGGAGACCGGAAACGCACGCAUUCCAUCUUCCAUGCAGAGAGUGUACUAUCACUUUGGAGGACGUCCAGUUACAAUUAGAAUCGCCGGUGGAUGGUGUGGCACUCACCGAGUCUGUUCAAUCUGCUGAUUGGAGAGCCAUAUGCUACCAUCUUUUGGGUGCGAUUCCGGAUAAUAUUUACGGAGGUCGGAUCGAGAUGGGCUGGUUACAAGACACAUUCCCGGAGCCAGGGAAUGAUUCGACUGAAUUAAAAAGAAUACGAUAUGCUCGGGCAUACAUCCUUGAGAUGAUUUAA